CCCAAUCAUCUCAUGUGAGGAGAGCAAUCUUUCUCAAGAAUGGCCAAGAUCCAGCCCCUUUCUUCGUCUCCCUGCUCCAGCUCUUCCUCCGGAGACAAGCAGGGCAGGCAUGCGUACACGGUGUGGAUGAAGUCGCUGGUCUUCAACGGCAACGGCUGCGCGGUGUACGGCCCCGACGGCGCCGUCGCCUUCCGCGUCGACAACUACGGCUGCAGGGGCGGCCGCGAGGUCCUCUUCAUGGACCGUCAAGGAAACGCACUCUUCACGAUCAGACGCAAGGGCUUCGGGACGUUCAGGAGGUGGGAGGUCUGCCGCUGCGCCCACGACGGCGGCGGCGAGGAGGAGGAGGAGGCGACGCCGUGGUUCAGCGUGCGUCGGGCCGAGAAGGGCGGGGCCACCGUCGCGAUGCACGGCGGCGCGGGGACGUGCUACAGGGUCGACGGGUGCUGUGCGCGCAAGCCGGGGUACAGAGUCCGCGGCGUGGAUGGCGAGGUCGUGGCCGAGGUGGCGCGGAAGCAGACGUCGGCAGGGGUGGUGCUGGGGGAGGACGUGCUGACGCUGAUGUUGGGGCCGGGGGUGGAUCACCUGUUCGUCUUGGGUUUGGUUGUGGUUCGUGGUCUCAUCGACCGCUCCUUGUGAUCGAUGAAAGGGCAAUCCUCUUCUUCUGGUUCAAUUAUUUCCAUGUGAUCGAUGCUUGAAACGGGUGGUGAUUCUCCUGGCGAUUCUAGCGAACAUAUGGAAGUUUCUACUAGCUAGUUUGAGAGUUUGUUUCACGUGAAACAUUUAGAAAAUCUUAUUUGGGCGCAUUUUAUUUUAUUUUGUCAAACAUGGUGGAUGGUUUUUCACCGGUUCAGGCGGAUGCUUCUUCACCCUUCAACAGGGUUAUCUCAAGAAUAUACA